GGCAUCAACUAAUAUCUCUAAGAAUCGAACAGUUGUAUAUCUGUAAAAUCCAACUCCAAUUAAAAUCCGAGUUCCCAAAAGCUUCCAAUACACCGCCUAUUCAUUAUCUGAAAAUCAAAAACGCAGCCGCGUCGCGUUCCCAAACGCACCAAACGGCUCAGUUCUACUUAUAACACACAAUUCUGCUCUACUUUUUUGACUUUGCGGCCUCCUCCCACCUUCUUCCCCAAUUAAAACCCUAAAAAAAAAUCAGCAAUCCACCUCACCCUCCCUCUCCCAUGGCCGCUAAACCUCAAAUCGAUCCAUACGAUCAUCGAAGACCGCUCGCCAUCCCUUCCCCACCCUUCCCCUCCUCCCCCUUCCCCUCCUCCCCCACCAAACGGUUCCUCCAAACCCACCGCUUGGCCCUCUGGUUAAUCAGCCUCUCCGGCUCCGCCGCCGUGCUCCUCGGCUUCAUCAUCCUGAUCCUAUCCUUCACAGUCUUCAAGGUAAACGAUCCUCAGCUCACCAUGAACUCCCUCCACAUCAAUCGCCUCCUCUUCCCCGGCAUCGGAUCCUCCCUCGCCAACCCUUUCUCCCUCAACGCCACUCUCACCGCCGAUAUCUCCAUCAAGAAUCCCAACGCCGCCGCCUUCAUGUUCCGCAACAGCACCACCGAUUUCUACUACGCCGGCGAGGUUGUCGGCGUAGCCUACGCGCCCGCCGGAAAAGUGAGGCCUCGGCGGACGCUGCGGAUGAACGUGACGGUGGAUGUGCUGGCGGAUAGGGUGGUGAUGGAUACGAAUGCGACGGGUGUGGUGUUGGGUGAAGGAGCGGUGAACAUUACGAGUUUUACGGAUGUGUCCGGGAGGGUUGAUUUGCUAGGGAUUUAUAAAAGGGAUUUGGAUAUUCUGCUGAAUUGUAGUUUUACGUUGGGGGUUUUUGAGAAUAGGCUUAUCAAUAGAGUUUGUCAGGGUAAUGUUGUGUAGAUGGUAAUGUUGUGUAGAUGGUGAGAUCGGAAGUUUGUUCCUUUAUGUAAUUGAUUGUGGUUGUACUAAAUUGUACUAAAGGUUUAGUGUGAAUGAAAAUGUU